AUGGUUGAGGCUUACAAUUUGGAUGACUUAUUUAAUUUCCGAGAAUCGUCUUCUCAACAGUCUUCACAGUUGAUUAAUUCAGUCACGAAUACGGGACCAACGACAUCUUCCUUUCCUGACUAUGCCGCACCCAGCGCGGCGCCGAACAGAACCCCACGAGUGUCGAGCCUGUCGCCCUAUGCUCAUCAAACGAAGUUGACGUUCAUGCAAGAGGAGGAAUGGGAUCCAAACUAA